UUACUUAACUGUUGAAUCCGCUGAGGCGCCCAGUGUUUCCCUGAAUCUAGUCUUGGUCUGUUCGUGCUGCUUGAAAUCCCUCAAACUUUUAAACUUAAAAUGAGAUAGAUGUAUAUUUGGACGUUAAAAAGAGAGAAAGCGAAGAUGCUGGGGCAAAAAGUUCAAGCAACGCAUACAACCUUUUCUCACUUUUUUUCGAAACAUUCGAAAAUGUAAUUGAUUAGUGUGUCACUGCAUGUGUAUAUGAUGUGUAUAUGUGUAUAAAUGCAUUUGCACUUUGUACUUUGUACUUUUUAGACUUUAUUUUAGCUUCGUACUUUGUUGUAUUUUAUUUCUGUUUGUCGAACAUUUGGGACAUGGCAAUAAAUAUCGUCAAGAAUAGUUUGGGAUCAUUAGGAAAAUAUUUACAAGCUGCUUCAGCACUGAGAUAUUCUACGGAGAUGUCACCGACGUAUAAAACAUUAAUAAUAACUAUUCCAAAACCAUUUGUUUACAUGGUCAAAUUGAACAGACCAGAAAAACUAAAUGCAAUAAAUUCAACUAUGUGGAAAGAAUUUAAGGAAUGUUUUGAGGGAUUGUCAAUGAAUCCAGAUUGCAGAGUAGUUAUUCUGUCAGCUGCUGGCAAGUCAUUUUGUGCGGGAAUUGACUUGCAAGGAAUGAUGGACAUGGGUCAAAGCUUAGCAGAACAUGAGGAUAUUGCACGCAGAUCUAAAUUAAUAGGGUCUAAAAUUAAGGAUUAUCAAGAUUCAUUUACUGCUGUAGAAAAGUGCUCGAAACCUGUGAUAGCUGUUAUACACGGUGCUUGUAUUGGUGCUGGCAUGGACAUGAUAUCUGCAGCUGAUAUACGUUAUGCUUCUUCUAGUGCAUAUUUUCAAAUAAAGGAAAUUGAUAUAGGCAUGGCAGCUGAUGUAGGUACACUUCAGAGAUUUCCAAAAAUUGUGGGAUCUGAUAGCUUGGUAAGAGAACUUGUCUAUACAGCACGAAAGUAUCCAGCUGCUGAAGCACUAGAAAGUGGAUUCAUAAGUCGCAUGUUGGAUAACGAGGAGAGCUUAUUGAAUAAAUCAAUAGAAGUUGCUGAAGAUAUUGCAAGCAAGAGUCCAGUUGCGGUGCAAGGUUCAAAGAUGAGUUUGGUAUAUUCUAGAGAUCAUUCUGUCAAAGAGGGAUUAGAUCAUAUUGCGAUGCAUAAUAAAGCAAUGCUUCAAAGUGAAGAUUUUUUGAAUGCAGCUAUGGCACAGGCUGUUAAGGGUGACCCUCCAAUAUUUUCAAAGUUAUAAAUUAUUUCACUCUUGAGCUUAAUGUUCUUGAUACUUCCAAUGUGUGUUAC